AUGUUUAGAAGGGGACUAUCUGCAGAGAACGAAAUGUACGAAAGAAGCAAGAGACAUUCGGAAGAAAAUGAUUAUCGCGGAUAUGCAAGUCCUGCUUCCGGCCGGAUCGCAGAAUCCAGGAACACACAUCCCAUCUUCGUCUCAGCUAGUUUCACGGGGCCUACCAGCCUCGCGGAUACAGCAAGCUUUCGAUCUGGAAGAUUCCCCGGAUACCCCUUGUUGAAGGUCACAUGCAUUAUCCACAGAGUAGGGAACCGGACAAAAGGACACGACCGCAUCAUUACGUACUUGGAGUGCUUCGUGCCUGGUUGA